AUGUCGCUAUUUGGUGAUUCCCCCCCAGGUCGUUCUCGCUCUUCUCUCUUUGCGGAUGAAGAAUUCGAGUCCGCACCCGGUUCGCUGUUUGAUGACUCUGGCGCUGGUGCCUGGAACUCGGCUGGGCUUCCCACGGCCCGGCGCGGUGCUCCUACGGACAUUUCAAAGACGCUACUCACGAAAGAGAAUGCGAAUAUUCCCGAGAGAUACGAUUUCCUUUACGAGUCGUUUUCGGAUCAAUUUGGAAGCCCUGGAGGCGGGGUUGCCUUGGCUGGUGUGAAGCAGGUACUCAAGGAAGCUGAUGCCGAUGGGUAUGGCAUCGAGGACAGAAUUUUGAGCAUUUUGAUAAAAGGCGGAAAACAAAGCAUCGGUCGUGAGGAAUUUUACGUUUUGCUGGCGCUGGUUGGAUUGGAGCAGCAAGGUGAAGAAGUCACUAUCGACGGGGUGGACGACUCGAGGAAGAGUGAGUAUUAUCCCUUGCAGCCUGGCAGUAGGAAGGAAAGAAUAAAGUGCCAUGAUCUCCCUACCUCAACCACGCCCGUUAAAGUUGUCCAUCGCCAACAAUCCACUCCUAUAAGCACUGCUCCGACCCGCCCGAGAAACGCAGCCGGCAUAUUUGGCGCUGAAUCAGAUCCGUGGGGGAGUCCUGAGAUGCACGAAAACCAUGAUCACGUCAACCAACAGGACAAUCGGGUAGCUAUUAUAGAUAACAGUGGAAGCAACCGUCAGCCGACCCCUCCUACGGAGAGAAAUACUUUUGAAUAUACGCCAUCUGCCGAUGCAAGUCGGACAUCCGCUUCGUCUUGGGGGGUUUACGAUGCCCCUCAGAGACAAGACUCGCUUGGGGGGAGCACUUAUAACCAGUCUGCUGUUUUCGGGGAGUCGAACCCUGGAAGGGGACAGAGGCAUGGUUCGUUCGGUGGCCUGGGUGGAAAUAGUCUGAAUGGCUCUGCGCCUACUAUUACUGGGUCUGAUGGUGGUGGGUUGGGAAGGAUGAGGGUUCCAAGAGGUCCGGAGGAGGUUGUCACUGUGACUGUGCUGCCAGAGAAGGAGGGGAUGUUUAUGUUCCAGCAUCGUAAUUACCAAAUUGCAAGUGCGAGGAGACAGAGUAGGGUUGUUAGGCGAUAUAGUGACUUUGUUUGGUUAUUGGAUUGCCUUCAUAAACGGUUCCCGUUUCGGCAGCUACCUCUAUUGCCCCCUAAACGGUUGGCUGUUAAUGGGCACUAUCUCUCAGCCGAUGCGGCAUUCCUAGAGCGCCGUAGGAGAGGACUAUCCAGAUUUGCCAAUGCAAUUGUCCGUCACCCGGUCCUUUCGCAGGAGCAGCUUGUGAUUAUGUUUUUGACGGUUCCCACGGAGCUGUCCGUUUGGCGCAAGCAGGCCAACCUUUCGGUUCAGGAGGAGUUUUCUGGAAAGGCCCUUCCUCCUGGGCUUGAGGAGCGUCUACCACAAAACCUGGAGAACACAUUCGAUAUGGUUCGCAGUGGGCUGCGUAAGUCCUCCGAGAUUUACAUCCAGCUGUGCAAUCUUGUCGAACGUCUUGAGAAACGUCAGGAGGGCAUUGCAGCAGAUUACAUGAGGUUCUCUGGUGCUCUUCGGUCUCUGACCGACGUCUCCGAAGCUACUUAUGCCGUCGACACAAGCGAAAUCCCAUUACUUAAUGAUGGACUGACAGCAGUUGCUAAGCAUCUUUCGCAAUCACAAUCCCUUAUCGAAGAUGAGACAAAGGCCUGGGACCAAGGCGUCCUCGAGGACCUCAAGCGCCAACGCGACUGCCUCAUUAGCAUGCGCGAACUAUUCGAACGCAAGGACCGCUACGCUGUAGACAACAUCCCUCAACUCGAGCGGAGAAUCAAGCAGAAUGAGGCCAAACUCGAAAUGCUUCGCCACCGCACGGAACCCGGAAAGCCGGGAGAAGAGGAGAAGGUUCAAGAGAGCAUUAGUAGAGACAAGAAGAGCAUUGUCGACCAGCAUGCUAGAGGAGUCCUGAUCAAGGAAUGCAUUAGGGAUGAAUUGGUUUAUUUCCAGAAUAGUCAGUAUCAUGUUGCUAGAUUGCACCAAGACUGGAGUCAAGAGCGCGUGAAAUACGCUGAACUGCACGCAGAUAACUGGAGGUCGCUUUGUAAUGAAGCUGAGGGGAUGCCAUUGGGAGAAUAACUUUGUGCUAGCUUUUCACUUUAUUUUUAUAUUUCUCUUCUUUCUUUCCUCUCUUUCUUCUUGUACCUUUUUUCCUAUUCAUGUUUGCUUACAUGUUCGCGAAGUUCCUGCAUCUUAAUUCUCCUGAUGCGGUUUGUCUAGCUAGUACAAGAUUGCUAAAAGUUGAAGCGAAGGUCACAAUGUGAUAAUAUGAUAUUAUGGCAUGGUAUCUUUUUUUUG